AAAGAAAAUGCGCACCGGAGCCACGUGCAGGCCUCGAUCGGAUACAGCGCGUCGGGCGCACGUGACCGAGGCGCGCGACGCUGCGCGGGCGUCUAUGCUCGGUGCGGGUGUCUGAGGCCGGGUCCCACAGCGGCGCAGCUCCGGAGCCGCGUUCGAGCCGCUCACAGCUGCGCGAGGCAGUGCUCCGCAGAGGCCCACCCAGUCAAGACCCGCCCUCGCUGCAGGCGGCGCAAAGCAACCCCUGUCUUCCCUCCACGAGUCACCAUGAUCGUCGACCCCAACAGCACCACCAUGGCUACAUCCAAAGACGACAUGCAGGCACCACCCUCCUAUGAUGAGACCAUGAAGGACGCUGCCGCCUCCGGCCCGUUUGUCGCUGAAGGCGCAGCGAAAGCCGACCAGGUGAAGGUCCCAAUCCCUCCGACGCCAUCACAUUCGCCGGCGGGGCCUUCGUCGCGCAUACCGUCCAUGCCCACCACGACGGUGUACAACUAUGUGAACCCUGCUACGGGCGAACACGUCGUGUCCCUCCUGCCUCCGGAUCAUCCGCAGAUGGUCUGUCUGCAGCAGGGCGGCCACGUACCGAGCACGCGCUACGGUGUCCUCGGUAUUUUGGCGGCCAUCAUAUGGUUCCCUGUGGGCAUUGCCUGCUGCCUGCUCGACCGCAGAGUGAAAUGCGCACGGUGUGGACUUACCAUCGACGAGGGCGUAUGCGCAUGAGCACUUCAUGAGCGCGACAAGUACUGCUACCCGGCUCGACUGGGACUUGACUAUUGCGCCCUAUUCUUUUUCUGUGGUUCUCAUGUUUCUCAUUCGGUCUUUGCCACACUGUAUUGUACGUACUCUGCCGCAUCCCUUGAUCGUACAUCUCCCGCCUUGGUGCAUAUAAUCCGGACUGUUGUAUACAUAAGUGUACUUGCCUAGAAUCUGUUACUGUCAAUCGAUCCACCCUCGAUUUCACUCGAUUUCAUCUGAGUGGCUGCGCUGCUGGACAUACGUCGCGGCAUGCGCGGGUGUUCAUACGUGUUGUCUGUUGACUGGCUGUGUCCAGUCAAAGAGAACAUAGAUGGCGUUUUUUUGGCUGGCGUGAUAGGGCGAAGAUGG